AUUCUACUGUCUUGCAUGCACCAGUCCAGGACGCGUCUCUGUUUCCGUAUUUCUAGGUGUUUUCUUCUUUUUCUUCUUCUUUUUCAUUUUCAUUUUUCUUUUCCUUGCUGAAGAUGGCCUUACCCUCCAGCUUGUGAUUCGGGAAACCUGUACCUACGCCAACCGGUCUCGCAUCUUGAAGGUGCUGGAGCCGUCGGUGAUACACCGGUCUCGGCACACCGCACAUAUUCUCCACAGCUUUGGCCACAACGUUGACUCACGUCAGAUCCGGGAUACGCAGUGACGGAACAAGAAGAGAUCAUUCGAUAGCGUAACCUCGCGAAUUUCGCACGCUAUUGCUGUCGAUCUUUGGACAGUCGGGCAGUGGAACAAGGCUCGAUGAGCCCCAAACCUCGAUCAAGACAGUGACCUAUCUGGCUUUUGCUGAUUAUAUUGCAACUUACAUCAACACAACACAAUCGGUCUGUGGCACAAAACCGGCACCAUGGGCGACGAUCGCAGCAUUCCUAUCAAGGCGUCUUCGAGCCACGACUUUGUCUCCCAGCUCAGCUCCUCGUUCCGCGUCGGUACACCACGGGCACAGGAAAUAUUGGCCAGGGAUCUGGCAGAGUGCUCAGACGAGGAACCGCCUGACGAGAACGACGACGACGCUGUCGGCUCCGCCUCCCAGUCCGAAUCAGAAGAGGGUCCUCUCCUCUACCGGCGUCCUAGCGGUGUUGCCUUUGGUACCUCUCGGCCCGUCAUGAACCCCCAGACACACGCAGUCGAAGAACCGCCGGCCCUCACCAGGGUCGAAAAGAAGCAGUCGCGCGAAGCAGAGCGGAGUCUUCUCCGGGAUAACCACAUCCUACCGCCCAAGAAUCCGAGGACGGACGAUGAGCCAUUCUACCGCCGCGCCUACAGACGCCUGUUCAGCACCAAAGUUCCUCUCGAGCCUCACGACGAGGAAGCGCCGCAGGUGGUCGUCUGCAGGCCCACCGAGUCGACACCUCUGCUGUCUGGUACUGCCCCGGCGCCAGGCGCUGAUGACCACGAGCACCUCAACGAGCAGUGGGAUGCGGCAGUCGCAACGGACCAGCUCCGCACAACGUGGCAGCGCGAGACCAAGACCAUUGUCCAGUAUGCCAGCCCGCUCAUCGUCACCUUCAUGCUGCAAUACUCAAUCAACGUCGUCGCCAUCUUCGCGGUCGGACGCAUCGGCAAGAUGGAGCUUGGCGCCGUGAGCCUGUCUUCCAUGACGGCCACCAUCACUGCCUACGCGCCUUUCCAGGGACUCGCGACGAGCCUCGACACCCUCUGCGCGCAGGCGUACGGUUCAGGUCACCGCCAUCUCGUCGGGCUCCAGUUCCAGCGCAUGACGUACUUCAUGCUUAUGUGUUUCGUCCCUAUCGCCGUUUUGUGGUUCUUUGCCGAGGCAGUGCUGAGCCUCAUCAUCCCGGAGCCCGAGUCGGCGCGGCUAGCGGGACAGUACCUGCGGGUGAUGAUCCUGGGCGGGCCGGCCUUUAUCUGCUUCGAAGGCGGGAAGCGGUUCGUGCAGGCGCAGGGUCUAUUCCAGGCGACAACGUGGGUACUCCUGGUUGCGGCACCCGUCAACAUCUUUCUGAACUGGCUGUUUGUCUGGAGGCUGGGAUGGGGUUUCAUCGGGGCUCCAGCCGCCGCCGUCUGCACGCAGAACCUUUUACCGCUGCUGCUGUUCCUCUACGUACGCUUCGUCAACGGGUACCAAUGCUGGGGCGGUUUCAGCAAGCGUGCUUUCACCAACUGGGGCCCCAUGCUUCGCCUGGCGCUGCCCGGCAUGGUCAUGAUCGAGGCCGAAUACAUGGCCUUUGAGGUCCUCACUUUGCUCUCAAGCCACUUUGGACCGUCGUAUCUCGCGGCGCAGAGUGUCGUGUUCACGCUGUGCUCCAUUACCUAUCAGAUUCCGUUUCCUGUGAGCAUCGCAGCGUCGACGCGAAUCGCAAACCUCAUUGGUGCCGGGCUGGUGGAUGCAGCCAAGACGACUGGCAAAGUGGCGUUCGUGGCGGCACUGAUUGUAGGCGUUUUCAACGUCAUCUUGUUUAGCAGCCUGCGGUUCCACCUGCCGCGACUGUUCACCAGCGACGAGGAGGUCAUCGCCAUCGUGGCUGACGUGCUCCCGCUGUGCGCGAUGAUGCAGGUAUUCGACGGCCUCAGCGCGGGAGCCCACGGGCUACUUCGCGGCAUCGGCCGCCCGGCCAUUGGCGGGUACGCCACCAUUUCGGUGUACUACUUCAUUGCUCUCCCUCUGUCUUUUGGGACGGCGUUUGGCCUAGGGUGGAAGCUUAAGGGCCUAUGGCUGGGUGUCACGAUUGGGCUUGUGUUGGUCUCAUUGAUUGAAUAUUCGUUUGUGUACUUUACCGACUGGCACAAGGCGGCCAAGGAGGCAGACGCGAGGAACCAGGCCGAGUAAAGCAAGAUAUCUUGGCUGGUGUUUUCUCUACGAUGCGUCAUCUGCAGAAGUAUUCACUUUGUCUGGGUACGAGAGUUAUGAUUUACCGUCGGUUGCUAAAAAGUAUACAUUGAAGCAUACCUGCGUGCAUGCAUAUAGCAAGCAAGGCAUGGAGGAACACUGCGUUUGCUUAUAUUGGAUGGUGUCGUAUUGCAUCUGAGAACGUCUAAAUCCCGGGG